AUCCAAAAUGACGACCCACUUCAGCUACCCCGCCCCAGCCCUCCAGGAGGAGCUCAAGAAGAUCGCCCUGGCCAUCGUGGCCCCCGGCAAGGGCAUCCUGGCCGCCGAUGAGUCGACCGCCACCAUGGGCAAGCGCCUGCAGGACAUCGGCGUGGAGAACAACGACGAGAACCGUCGCAAGUACCGCCAGCUGCUCUUCACCACCGACCCCAAGAUCGGCGAGAACAUCUCCGGCGUGAUCCUGUUCCACGAGACCCUGUACCAGAAGGCCGACGACGGCACCCCCUACGUGGAGCUGCUCGCCAAGCGCAACAUCAUUCCCGGCAUCAAGGUCGACAAGGGCGUCGUCCCCCUCAUGGGCUCCGAGGACGAGUGCACCACCCAGGGUCUGGAUGACCUCGCCCAGAGGUGCGCCCAGUACAAGAAGGACGGCUGCCACUUCGCCAAGUGGCGUUGCGUCCUGAAGAUCACCAAGAACACCCCCUCCUACCAGGCCAUCCUGGAGAACGCCAACGUUCUCGCCCGGUAUGCCUCCAUCUGCCAGGCCAACCGCAUCGUGCCCAUCGUCGAGCCCGAGGUUCUCCCCGAUGGUGAUCACGACCUGGACCGCGCCCAGAAGGUGACCGAGACCGUCCUGGCCGCCGUGUACAAGGCCCUGAACGACCACCACGUCUUCUUGGAGGGCACCCUCCUCAAGCCCAACAUGGUCACCGCCGGCCAGUCCUGCCCCACCAAGUACUCCGCCCAGGACAUCGCGCGCGCCACCGUGACCGCCCUGAACCGCACCGUGCCCGCCGCCGUGGCUGGCAUCACCUUCCUGUCUGGUGGCCAGUCCGAGGAGGAGGCCUCCGUCAACCUGGACGCCAUCAACAAGUUCAACGGCAAGAAGCCAUGGCCCCUUACCUUCAGCUACGGCCGUGCCCUGCAGGCAUCCGUCCUCCGCGCAUGGGGAGGCAAGCCCGAGAACGUCGCUGCAGGCCAGAACGAGCUCCUGAAGCGUGCUAAGGCUAACGCCCUGGCUUGCCAAGGCAAAUACGAGGCUGGCACCAUCGGCUCUCUUCAGGGAGACAAGUCCAACUUUGCCAAUGGUGAAGCUGCUCUUGGCAAGUACGGCGGUGGUGUGGCUGGUGCCGCUGGCGACAGCUCCCUCUUCAUCAAGGAUCAUGCCUAUUAAGCAGCCCAUGCGUCUGCCAUACCAGUACUGUGGGUGUCUGCUGCUUUCCGGUACUUUGCAUCUACAACAGAACACUCUACAGUUUAACUUAUUGUGCUGAUAGUGCAAAAGUCUUUUGACUCAAACAAGCGUAAACUUAACUGUUCAGUGCGAGGAGCUGUAGUAAAAGGAAAAGUAGUUUCGGAAAUGCGUAGGAUUCUAGAUGUGAUCUUCUCCCGAUAUUUUAUUUCAUAAUAUUCAACUUACUAGUGUAAUUGAAUCCUAAAAUUAAUUGAAUAUUUCCAUUCUUACCUCUAUUGUCUCUCUCUAUCUCUCCUGUUUUGUUAAGUUUGUCUAGUUCAGAGCGAAGUUAUUUAAUUUCUGGUCCUAGUCCACUAGGUGGUGCCAUGUGCAAUGGACACACUUUUUAUUGUGAUGCUUAUCGAGGCAAAUGAAAUAAGUGUGGUAAAGUUGUAAAUUUCAUGUAAAUGAUAUUGUUUUUCUUGAGCAUAAACUGUACACUCCUGUUUUGGUUGCUCAUGAAGUAUUAUUUUUAUUGAUAAAUUUUGCCAUAUUGUUUGAGAGUGGAGUGCAGUAUUUUUGUUAUUGUGUAUUGUUGAUGUGUGUGCGGCUAGUCUUGUUGAUGGUUGUUUGACAUCAUACAUUCAUAUUUUACGUUGUAACGUACUUGACAAAGAUACAAUAAAGCCAAAAAUCCAAAUUU